UACUUUCGAAAUCGCAACGAAACGAAACGAGCGUGCCACAACCAGCCAUGAGUAGAAAACAGACACCUAGCGAGUUUUUGAAGCAAAUCAUUGGACGCCCAGUGGUGGUCAAAUUGAACUCUGGGGUCGAUUACAGAGGUGUACUGGCUUGUCUAGACGGCUACAUGAACAUUGCCUUGGAACAGACUGAGGAGUACGUCAACGGACAGUUAAAGAACAAAUAUGGCGACGCAUUCAUCAGGGGCAAUAAUGUUCUGUACAUCAGCACACAGAAGAGAAGAGCAUGAAGAAGAGCGUGUGUGUUCCUCAUCAUCCAGACUUGUUGUGAAUGUAAUGACUGGACAGUGAUCCAAAUGUUGUAAUGUCUGCCGUCUGAGUGUACAUCCAGUGAACGAGACAUUUUUUUAAAGUCAUUAAAUCGUUUUUAGUUCAGCAGCCCUUGUUCAUUACAAUUAUACCUUUUCCCAUCUUUUGCCUUUUUGUAUUGGUUUUAUAAAGUAAACAACCCAAUAUUUAUAUAAAAUACGGAAAAUGGAAGAAUUUUGUUAGUAUUGUUCUUUAUACAACAGAAACAUUGAUUUACUACAUUAAAUUUUAUAGUAAAAGAUA